AUGCCUAAUGUAGCUAACCGUCACGUACAUUUUGAUCUACCAAAUGGCGGCGAUAGAUCGUCGUACCUGCCGACAUCCAACACCGGCAACCGACUUCAAAGGUUCAACUUUGGGUUUGAAAAACCACCCACCAAUCUUACGUCAGAUAUCGAGCCCCAGAUGCCUACCGCACACCCCAAAUUUAAUUUUGGGUUUGAGGUGAGAAGGCAGAGCCCGGCGGCAGUCCAUUUGCCAGAUACGCCUGAUCAUACGGCUGCCAUGGGACCGCCACCUCAGAAAUUCAACUUCGGGUUUACGGCACACAAACAAGGUCCGGCGGUAGUGGACUCGGUGCUCACACCACCUUCCCUAGCUCUGACAUUCAACUUUGGCUGGACUCGGCCCCUUCCACCACAGCAGCCAGCAGUCCCGGCAGCCCAACCUUUUAGCCCAGUGGCAGUGAACUCCGAGCCUACACCACCUACCCAUGUUCCAAUGCCAUUCAACUUUGGCUUCACAAAGUCCCUUUCAACAGCGAAGCCGGCAACCUUGGCAGCCCAACCAUUCAACUUUGGGAUGGAUCUAGAGACUGACACUCCAUCCUCACUGAUCUCGCCGCUGCCUGUCCAGAACACUCGCCGUAGCUCUUCCAACGAUCCUGACAAUGCAAUGCAAGCAUCAGUGAUCCCUCUCAAGAGAGCUGCAUCGCCGCCUUCCCCGCCUUCCACUCGUUCCACUGCACUGGUGGCUGAACAUACACCCAAGUUCAACUUUGGCUGGCAGCCAAGACCUGCACCGACAACAGGUGUUGGCAAACAUGUUGGGUUUGACCACAACAAUCAAUCAUUCCAGUUUGGUUGUAAGGUUCCUCCUGCAAAGGUAGGGGAUUGGACACUGGCGCCCCUUACAGCUGCCAACCCAGAAGCACCACCGCCUUCGCAGCCAGUCACCUACACACCGAAGGAUUUACCAAACCUUGAGGGUGCUUUCCCCAUUCCCAAACGACGGAAACUUGAUCCCGCCAGUGAAGUCAUGCGGCGUGAAUCCAUUGGAAUCAUUAUCGGCGACGCUGAGAAGGCCGCCGUUGCCAUAGUGAAACGGCUCAAUGGCGACGAAUUUGAUCGCCUCACCCAAACAAUGCUGGGCAGCCUCAUUAAGCCCGGCGAUGAAGUGCGAGAUCCCACAGCUGAAGAGGUUUUGGAAAGCAACUGCGCUGUAUUGUUGGCGUUCUCAUCACAUACGGCAACUUUCAUUUAUGGACUCUUCGUCAAGAAAGAGCGGAUCAUGUGCUGUUGUUCAGCUCGUUUCCACCCCGUGGUGUCAGGCAGAAUCGGCCACCCAUCAGCAUCUUCAUCAAGUUCAACUAGUUUUCUGGGGACUCGUUUCUUUGAUUUGACCAUUGGAGGUUCCCCGUCGUCCUCGCCGUCUGAAUAUUCCGGUGCUUCAGUAUUCUCUCCGGUCAAGCAUUCAUAUUGCCUCACCAAAUUGCUCCCCCACAUAUUCCACCCAUUCAGGCAUGAUGAUGCCGUCCCAAUCCCUUGUCUUGAUAAAGUUCUCUCCAUCCCCGAACUGUUCAUUGAAAUCGUGGCUGCAGUCACCGUUGAAUAUAUCGCUGAUUGA